UGCGUUACAACUCGAUCAUGUGAUAUAAUUAAGGGUCGAUGCGUUUGGAUGUUUAGGAAGUACCGUUUGAUAUUAAUGAAAUGAUUGCUAGGUAUCAUAGUCAAUCGUAACUUGUGGAGAUUCGCCAAUGUUGAUCGCGUCGUUGAAGAUGACGUAAAAUUCAAUUACAUUAAGAACUGUUCGCGCAGAGCUGCGUUUGGUACACCGAGACACUCUGUAUGGAAACUGAUUACCUUGAAACGCAACAGCGAGCACACCUGCGGAGGUUACGUGGAAAUAUAAUCGUCUUAGAAAUCGAGUUCCGACCGGGUGGCCUUGACGCGCGCCAGAACUUCUGAAUUUCAGCUCGAUGGUUAUUUUAGAGCAGAACCAGACACACGUUUCUAAUUGACAUCCCUAAUGAGUUUUUUUUUUUUUAUAUAUUGUGUUUCCAAACGUCAUGGUACGCGGCUGGUACGUGUCAGUAGGUCACGGUGGGAGUCGACGGACCGACGGUUAUAUUCAGUGAUUUCAAAAGAGCUUUUGACAUGGUUGACAUUGUGCUUCUGAAUCGACGUAAUGGUGAUUGUUUCGCUCGAUAACAUCGCUAUUUAAGCCGCCAGUAAGUUUCCUGGUGAGUGCAUCCUCACAUACAUGGAGUUUCAGCUGGAUAGCGCAGAAUACUGCCAGGCUCAACACAAAUAGAGAGACACGCCCAAACACCCUAGAACCUGCUAGGUAUCAUUAAAGGAGAAGUAAGGAGGAAUCUUAAUUGGGCAAAAGAAAAUUUGAUAAUUUGGGAUCGUUGCCUCGAAAUCACUAAAUCAUCAGCUAGUCAUUGCGCGAGACAUAAAGGAUUUAAAUAGAAUCAAUUGUUAAUUUACAAUAUUAAAUGCAAGCAUCAUAGUUACUGAGCGCACCUGAUCCAGGCGCACCCAGUGCCAAAUAGAUAAUCUUCCAAAUCGUAGUCAAGGGUUCCAAGUGAGAAUCGAUCGCAUAUCAACAACGCCUAAUGUAACGUAGCCCUCACCCUUUCAGCGAAAUUCGCACCCCAACAACCCUUCUCGAGGUCUACAUGUAAACCCACUGUUCUGUCCUCUGUAAAAAAAUAAACAAGUAUUCAAUUAGUUAAAUGAGAAACAACUUAAUAAGACUGACAUCUAUGGGCUAAGUUGUCAAAUUCAGCCUUUGUUGCUUCGUAUAGUGUGGCACGUUGUAAAAGUGAAGAGAAACAGUGUCGUACAAAAAUCAUUAAAAAAGAGUUAGAACAAUAAAAAAAAAAGUAGGAGUACACCACUUGUUGUCCAAGAGGAAAUGAGCAACAUGAGGGUGAAGGACAUCAGGCCGGCGCCCGCCGAAAUCGAAUACAAAAAUAUGAAGUUCCUCAUUACUGAUCGGCCCAAUGAUCAGACCAUUCAUACUUUUAUUCAAGAACUGAAGAAGCACAAUGUGAAAGAAGUAGUGAGGGUCUGCGAACCAACGUACAAAAUUGAGGAACUUAAAGCAGAAGGGAUCAAUGUCAUAGACUUGGUGUUCGACGACGGUACAUUUCCACCGAAUGAAGUCGUCGACGAAUGGUUUGAACUGCUGAAAAACCGGUUCCGCGAGUCUUCUGAUGCAUGCGUGGCAGUACAUUGCGUCGCAGGACUUGGCAGAGCACCAGUCUUAGUUGCACUUGCUCUUAUUGAAUUGGGUCUAAAGUAUGAAGAUGCAGUCGCGUUAAUCAGGGAAAAAAGACGAGGCGCCAUCAACGCAAAGCAGCUGGCCUACCUUGAAAAAUAUCGUCCCAAGUCUCGGUUGAAGCUCAAAAAUGGACAGAAGAACUCCUGCUGCGUCCAUUAGAUUAAACGAUUUCUUUGAAAAGUUACUAAUUCAUACUGAUUGGUAUACCAAAUUGUAUAGGUUUUCAUGCCUGGUAACAAGAGACAUACUGUAUCGACUCUGUUUUGAAAGGCCUAUCAAUGGAAAUGCAACUCAACUACUUAUUUACUAAACAAUUUUUAACGCUAUAUUUUGCACCAUCUAAUUAUUCGUUAUAAACCAAAUAAUUAUAAAGUGGAAAUUGUUUACAAUUGUUUUUCACUUUUAUUUUAUGAAAUUUUUGUAUUUAUUUUUGAUACUAAAUUAAUAUUGAAUGCUGCUGAACUGGAAGAAGCCUUCUGCACAUGAUAAAAGUAGGAAUAAAUUUGACUGGAUCUGAUUACUUGUAUAAUAAAAAAAAUUGGAUCAACUUGUGCAUUACAUGACAUAACGUAGUGUCUGGUUUAAGACUAUUGUGUACAAGAAUUUCGGAAGGCUGCAUUUAUUUGGUCCAAGAAAAUAAAAUAUGCAAUACGUUACCAAUCAAUUUAUGAAUAUUUAGUUGAUGCGUUAUUUACAUAAAAUAUUUUAGGGAUAGUUGGAGAAAAUAAACUUCAGACUCUGAUGAUUUUUUUGUAAAGAUAGUUCCUUUGGUGCUACGGUCGUAUCCAACUGUCAGCAAACGUAGCUUUUUAAAGGAAUGAGUGCAAUAAAGUCUUACAUUUUCUAGAACAAUUGAACACAGAAAAUGUAUAAGUGUCUUAUCAACAAUUUUUUAACUUGAAAAAUGAACGAACGAUUCACACAUGUUUCGCAUAUAACAUGAACAAGAAAAUAAAAUAAUAGCAAGAUCUGUACGGGGAUUUCUUGUAAAAAGAACAAGAUCAUAAGUUAAAAUAUAUUUAUUAAAGAACAUGCAUCCUAUACAUUCAAUAAAGUGUAUACAAGAAUAUGUACAUUGUAGGUGAUCCAACCUGAUCAAAUUUGAUUAAACUGGUGUGUACAUUGUGUAUAUUGCAAAUAUUCUUUGAACACGAUAAAUAUUCUUUAUUCUCGCAAGUAAUGGAAAUCGAUACUCGAUUUGAAUCGAGUAUUUGAAGCGACUCAAUGUGUUGCCUAAUAAUUAACAUUAUAAUGCAACAUAUAUUUUGAGACACUUAUCACAUUUGUAAAGAGAAUACCAAAUUUGUAUAAAAUAAAAAAGUAACAAAAAUUCUCAAAUACUUUAAUGAACAACUUUGUGAAUACUAGUUUUAAAACAUGAACUGCACCAUUCAGUUUAGUUAGCGGUGAUUUGUAAUAAUAUAAACCUCGGUAAGCAUAUUUAUCGUUACGUAUUCAGUAACCAUUAAUUUAAUAAAUAUUGGAUAGAAAACGUUGACGUUUCGUUCAGAGAUGUUGUAGGACUCCUCGGUAAGGCUAAUCGAACAAAUUUGGUCUUAGAAAACGCGACUCGACGGAUAUUGUAAUUGAUUCGUAUGCAUAGAAUUUCUAGGUUAAAUUGAAACUACGAGAAACUGUUUUAAGCAAAUUACUACCUGUUGGUGUUGGAGACUUGAUCAGUACAAGAGUUUAAAGUCAACAAAAUUUCAAAUAGAAAAAUAAUUUCUUAGUCGUCGUAUGUGUCAAGGCAUAAAUUAAAGCAAAUGAAUGGUUUAGCCAGCGGUGAUUUUUAAUUAAUAUAAGUCCUAUGUGAAUAGGUUUUUGCGAAAUGGAAUUUAAUUCUUGAAUUAUCUUAAUCGUAGACCAAUGAUAUCUUCUGAGGGGCAUUGUUUCUCAAGGAGAAAAUACACUCUUGAAACAAUCGUCAACAAAUAAAUGAAAGGAAUUCUUUGAUCUCUUCGUAAUCUUGUUGAUUUGCCAACAAAGAUUAGUGGACAGUUGCAAUUGAAGAUAUUAAAUGGAAAAGUAAAUUAUUUAGUUAUAAAUUUUGCAUACUUUAAGGCUCGAUUAAAAUUAUUUCGAAGUAAAAGAUCGUUCAAAUCCUCGGAUUGUGAUAUAUUUGUUGAUCCUUUGCGAGCGGAUAUUUCGAUGUACAUGCAAAACGAUAAAUGUAUAUUGUUGGCUAUAUUCAGAUACCACCAACAAAGGAAUAAAUUAAUGGUUACUGAACAUACAGCGUCAAUAAAUCACUACCGAGUCUUAUAUUAAUUAAUAUCAGUGGCUGCUAAACUGUUACGUUACUCUAGUUUAUAUUUUAAAACAUGCCGCAACUAAAUAAUCAUUUUUCUAUUUGAGAUUUCGUUGACUUUAAACUCUUAUAUUGUUCAAGUCUUUAAUACUAUUUGUUGGUAAUUUGCUUAAAAACGUUUCUCGCGGUUAAUCGCAACAUCCAGUCGUGUCUAAAUCGAAAUUUACUGAAUCAGCGUUACCGAGGAGUCCAUCGACAUCUCUGGAUGAAAAGAAAAAUGUUUAACAUAGAAUCUAUUAAAUUUUUUGAGGUUAUCGAGUGUGUCAUUAUAAAGAGCACUACUGAGAGUCUUAAACUAAUUAAAAUUACCGCUGGCUGAACCGUUAUUUCACUUUAGUUUAUAUUUUGAAAUAUACGAUGACUAAACAAUUAUUUUUCUAUUUGGAAUACUAGUUUUUUAAACUGUUAACAUUAACGAAAGAAGCAUAGCGUUGCAUUUCCAGUGGCAUGCCGAAUCGAUGGGUGUUCAUAACUCUUAUUGAACUUGGAAUCUGCGUUAACUUGAAUAACGAAUAUUGUGAAACAAAAUGAAGUAAUUAUCACUCCAGAGUUAUAUAUCACUUUUAUCGUAGCUUAACGGCAAUUUCACCAAAAUUUUUUAAACAUCUACUUUUAUUCGAUAAAUUUUAGAAGCUGCAUACGCGUUUUGUGUGAAGCGUCAUAAUUAUAUUCGCAAUUUUGGUAAAAUUGUCGGUGAUGCUGAACGCCACACUAAACUGUGUUCAAAA